AUGGCUGGCCGGAAAUCUUCGAGUAAGCCCCGGGUCCGCAUCGCGAGCUUCGACGGCCUUGAGCCCGUUAUCGUCGUGCUCCCCGACGGCUCGAUUCGCCUCUUCUCCCACGACAACGAGCCACUCUCCGCCCGAACCGUCCUGUCAGAAUUCCCCAGCAUGAGCCUUGCGUCGCUCGACAGUCUCGUUUCCCCGUCCGCCCCGCUUCUGCCGGGCGAAACCUACUUUCUCACGCCAAGACGCGUGUCCGCUCGCGAAGAGGCCUCCUUAAUCCGUCUCGCGACCCCACCUCCUGCGGCUUGGGCCGGCACAUCCGCCUUUCGCGCGCCGGCGAGUUUCCCUUCGCGCAGCCCCCGCGCCUUGGCGGUUCUCGAAGAGGAGCUUCCCCUUGACCUACCUCUUGAAGAGCCUGACGCGCUUGCUGAGGCCGGCGCGUGGUGCAUCAGCCCCGCCACCGCGGCUGCGACAUCCGGCGGCACAUCCCGCGCUCCCCGCGCCCCGCCGUCCGCCGUCGCGGAAGCGGCGUCGCUGAAGGGCAAGGUGCUGGCGGCCAUCGCGCGCUUCAACCCACGGCAUCUGCGGCGCGCCGCGUCCGCUUCGUCGUCCGGCAAGGAAGCCAUGGCUGCUGCGCCUCCGCCUGGAAGCGUGAAGUUCGCCAGGCGCCAAGGGGACCUCGCGCCGCCCGCAAUGGCUGUGGGUGCUCGUCGUGGCAUCAGUCAUAUGGGGCUGAUGUAUGGUAACGAUGCUGAGUCGGCACAGGGCUGGGUUGACGUGGAAGGCCCUGUGCUCAUGAUGACGGACACGCGCAUCCGCCACCGCGCGCCGCCCGGGUUUAGAAGCAGCACCGGCAUGGGGCGGCAGGGAGGAUUCGCACAGCAGGAAUGGCAUUCUGAGAUCACUGAGACACAAUUUUCCAGAGGACCUGCAGGACGGACUAACCCGUCUGCUCCUGGGGAACUCCAGCGCGCUCCUUCCCUUGAAGCUGCACAGCGGGGUGAACACCCCUUUGAGCACUGCGAUGAGUGGCACAGUUAUGCUUCUGGGCUGACACGCAGGCAGAGGGCGCAGGUCAGGCUAAGCGAGGAUUCCGUAAGGGAACGAAGAGGUAAUGCAGCAGUCAGAAACGAGUACGCCAUGCUUCCUAGUGAGAGAUACCUGUCUGGACCUCCCCUCCAAGCCACGUAUUAG